GGCGGGAUCCUCGUUGGCAGCUUCCUGGUUAAUCUGGGCAUCCGGCUCUAUCUCGCACCGGUCCUCACGAAGCUGAUCACUGUCAAGAUCGCCAUCGAGCGCGAGGCGGGCCUGGGCCAGGAGAUCGGCACGAACCGCCCGGGGCGCCUCGCCCAUUGCCCGCACUACAUGAGACUCUACCGCGCCUUCCGCAGGACGCACAUGAUCAUCGCCAUCGGGAAUAUGGUCGCCAUGGCAGCCACGUCGCUCCACCUGUACUACCUCGCCACCAAACUCUGCUCCGUACACUUAUAA